CUCUCUGCAAACAACAUACUCAACCAUCGAUCCAAUUGAACUCAGAAUUCACUGAAGAAAUCAGCUGUUUCUCUUCUUCUUUUUAUUUUUAUAGAUAAGAAAAACAAAAGUUAUUAUGUAUAACAGUAAUCAUAGUAUUACGGAUGUCGAGACUGAUGAUGUUGAAAGCGAAGUUGGGGAGAGUACUUACAGUAGACCUCUUUUGAUUAAGAGAGUGAACGUCACAUCCCAGAUCGCUCUCGUCGGCGCCAAAAUUUGCCCCGUCGAGAGCCUUGAUUACGAGAUUCCAGAAAAUGAAUUAGUCAAUGAGGAUUGGCGGUUGAGGAGGAAGAUCCAAGUAUUUCAGUAUGUUCUGCUAAAGUGGGCAUUUGCACUUAUUAUAGGCGUAAGCACUGGCUUAGUUGGCAUCUUUAACAAUAUAGCAGUUGAGAAUAUUGCCGGGUUCAAGCUGCUGCUCACCACAGAGCUCAUGCUGAAGCACAGAUAUUACAAGGCUUUUAUGACAUAUGCCGGCUGCAAUUUAGGUCUUGCAACAUUAGCUGCGGCCCUUUGUGCUUUUAUUGCUCCGGCAGCGGCAGGUUCCGGUAUUCCUGAAGUGAAAGCAUACCUCAAUGGUGUGGAUGCAUAUUCAAUACUGGCUCCUAGUACUCUUUUUGUAAAGAUUUUUGGUUCAAUUUUUGGUGUAGCUGCUGGAUUUGUUGUUGGCAAAGAAGGGCCUAUGGUUCACACAGGUUCUUGCAUAGCUUCUUUAAUUGGGCAAGGAGGUUCCCGUAAAUAUGGUUUGACAUGGAGAUGGCUUCGAUAUUUCAAAAAUGAUCGCGACCGGAGAGACUUGAUAACUUGUGGAGCUGCUGCUGGUGUGGCUGCUGCUUUUCGUGCUCCGGUUGGUGGUGUCCUCUUUGCUCUUGAAGAGGCAGCUUCAUGGUGGAGGAGUGCUCUUCUUUGGAGAACCUUUUUCACGACGGCGGUAGUUGCUAUAGUUUUAAGAGGCUUCAUAGAUUUCUGCUCUACUGGAAGUUGUGGGUUGUUUGGGCAAGGAGGACUGAUUAUGUAUGAUAUUAGUGCAGCCAAAGUUGUAUAUAGUGUUCCAGAUAUACUGGCUGUGAUACUUCUAGGGGUUAUUGGAGGCCUCCUUGGAAGCCUAUAUAACUAUCUAGUGGAUAAGGUUCUUCGCACCUACAGCAUCAUUAAUGAAAAAGGAGCUGUUGUCAAGAUCGUACUUGUUAUUAUGAUCUCCCUGUUGACAUCGAUCUGCUCUUACGGCUUGCCGUGGUUAGCUACGUGCGUCCCCUGCCCCGACAAUGUAUCUACAAGUUGCCCCAACACUGAUGUGUCUGGCAACUACAAGAGCUUCCAAUGCCCACCUGGUCAUUACAAUGACCUGGCCUCUUUGUUUCUAAACACAAACGACGACGCUAUUCGCAACCUAUUGAGUACCAAUACCGCGAAAGAAUUCCAUAUUUCUUCUCUUCUAAUCUUCUUUGGUGCUGUUUACUUCCUUGGCAUAAUCACUUAUGGCAUAGCUGUCCCCUCUGGGCUCUUCAUCCCUGUCAUAUUGGCCGGAUCUUGCUACGGCCGUCUCGUUGGUAGGCUAUUUGAGCCGGUAUCUAAACUUGAUAAUGGUCUCUUUUCCCUCCUUGGUGCUGCUUCUUUUCUUGGUGGUACUAUGAGAAUGACAGUUUCCCUGUGUGUUAUACUGCUUGAGCUCACUAACGAUUUAUUGGUGCUUCCACUAAUCAUGCUGGUGCUCCUUAUCUCAAAAACCAUGGGUGACAUGUUCAACCAGGGCGUCUACGACCAAAUUGUAAAACUAAAAGGGUUGCCGUACAUUAAGGCCCAUCCGGAACAUUACAUGAAACAUUUAGUCGCCCGGGAUGUUGUUACCGGUCCUUUGAUCACCUUUUCUAGUGUUGAGAUGGUCGGAAACAUAAUACAUGCUUUGAGAAGCACAGGGCACAAUGGGUUCCCCGUGAUUGAUGAACCACCUUUUUCAGAUGCUCCUGAGUUGUGUGGGCUUGUUCUAAGAUCUCAUCUGCUUGUUUUGCUGAAGGGAAAGUUUUUUUCAAGGGAUAAGGUACUGGCACGAAAUGAGACUUUACGUAAUAUUGCUGAAUUAGACUUUGCCAAGGGAGGGUCAGGAAAGGGACUCAAACUAGAGGAUCUCGACAUUAAAGAGGAAGAAAUGGAUAUGCAUGUUGAUCUCCAUCCUAUCGUGAAUACAUCACCGUAUGCAGUCGCCGAGACCAUGUCACUGGCAAAAGCGGCUGUUCUCUUCCGUGAACUUGGUCUUCGGCACAUGUGUGUUGUACCAAAGAGUCGAGGGAGGCCUCCAGUAGUCGGGAUUUUGACACGGCAUGACUUCCUGCCGGAGCAUAUUCUGGGACUGUACCCCCACGUCAGAUACCGGAAGUGAUGAUUCCAAUGAGUCUAUAUUGGUGGAUUAAUGUUACCAAGUUGAUGUUUGGCCUACUUGCUGGAAAAGAAACCUAAAUUUUGAUGAUUGUGAACAGU